GAGUUGCUGUUCUUAAUACAGUUUAGACUUCCCCAUCAUGAAGGCGAUUUAAAAACAUCAGAUGACAGCUAACCUAUCAGUAAACAAAGGCUUAAGAAAAUGAAUUUAGUUCAUUUAGCCAUCUGUACUGCCGUAUUUUGGUGGUUUUUGUUUAGGUUUAUUUGCUGGUGUAUCUGUAAAGCAUCUCAAAAAAUUAAUCUUCGGAUUAAUUAUGUGGGCUUAUGUUCUGUGGGAAAAGUAUCAUUCAAGUUGAAUAAAAAAGUCCAUGUAGAAAUCGGUCAUAUCUGGUUCGAUGUCCAAGCAACAUUGACUCAAUGCGCCCUGAAUAUAUCCAAUGUUCAGCUUGUGAUUCAGAGAGAAGCUGACUCUGAAGAACAAAAAUAUAGCUCAGUAACAAGAGAAGCUGUUGCAUCCACGAUCGAGUCAUUUGUCAAUCGUGCGACUCUAUAUGCAAGGUAUUUUAGUAUCAAAUUCUUGAACGUUGUUGUUGAUGUACAUGAUCAAUGUGAGUAUGAUGUGUCUACGAGAUGCACAGUAUCUGAUAUCAUUGUUUAUGGACCAAACUGGACGAGAGAAAACAUUAAUGUGGUCGGCUAUGUUACUGACUGUGAAAUUACAACCAUGUUUACCCCUUCGAAUCGCCUGAUUCCAACAGCUAGUACUAAACUAACUUUUAGUCUUCGGGUAAAAAUGAGCUUAAACCGAAAAUGUUUUCUCCCAGCCUCUCAUCUUCGUUUAGAUUUUGAUGACGUAACAUUGUUAAGAAACGAGAUUGAUAAUGAUUUAAAUACUGAAUUAGAACAAAAGACGGAUGAUAAUCCCAAAUCCAUGGAUAUCAAAAAGAUAUUUGAUUUUAUUGCAUAUUCAUUUGAGCUAGUCAACAUAAAUAUGAAGAACGCCCAUCUGAAUAUUCUAGUCAAUGAACCAACAUACCGAUGUCUGCAAAUAAACAUCCCAUUCCUAUCUACAGUUUAUGAUUCAAAAGUUUUACCUAAUCAACCAACUGGUCAUGCAGUUUAUUGCUGGUCUAAAUCUGUUUCAUUAUUGUCUGGAGAAAAAGUUAUGCUAUCAACCGAAGGAAUAACAAAUGUUUUCACGUAUGAAGAAAAUGAAAUAAGACUUACGCCAGAAUUAAAUAUGUUGAAGUGUGAUUUUCUAAUUAAAGAUUUUGAAUUUUGGCUAUCUUUGGUAAUAAAGAAGUUUAGAGGAAAGGGUAGAGGUAGCCGUCGAAUUUCACUUGAUAAUUCGCUGACACUUUUAGAAGAUAAGAAGCUACUUCGAAAAUUUGAUUUGAGAUAUAAACUCAAGAAUUGUACAAUAGCUUUUUAUUCCCAUUAUGAAAAUAGCAAUGGUCUUGCUUUCUGUAUAUCUGAUGUUGAGGGAAGAUACCAAACAGCGCCUGCUGAGGGAACGUCUAUUCCAUUUAUGAUUAAGAAAUUUGAAUUAGACUGUCAAUUAUUUUUUGUGAAAAUGAUAGAAAAUAAAACAGAUGUGAUAAAUAUGAAGUCAUAUUCAAGAUUUAAACAUCAAUGGGAAACUAUAUUGUUAACAAAUAUUUUUCUAUGCAGAAUAAAUUGCAAUAGGAAAAAGAAAAACGUAAUAUUAAAACUUGACCAUCAAGAAAUUGAACUUUCAACUGAACUAUUUGAAAUUUUAUCUGACUUUUGUGGACCAAUUCGUCGAUUACUACUUUUAGUAAGAAAUUCAUCCGAAUAUACGAAAGAUGAAGUCGCGAUAGUGCCCACAAUUGUACAAUGUAAUAUUAGAGAUAUAUAUAUUUUGCUUCUUUCAAGAGAAAAUCAAGUUAUGAAAUACGCCCAAAUUGCUGAAUUUAAUGCUCGCUAUGGAUCCAAUGGUAUAAAAGGUGAAGCGAGAGAAAUAUCAGUCUCUUAUGUAAGAAAUCCAGAAAAUUUUGAAGCUUACAACUUAAGAGACAAUACCGAAAUGAAUUAUGUCUUAAAAACAACAGGAUUGGUAUUAGAAUUAUGGUUUACAAACGGAUUUAGUUGUAUUGUUUCCACACCAAUGAAUGCUAAUUUACAAAUAGAAUUAUCAAUGGAAAAAUAUCUGACUCUGAUGCAUAUUGCAAAAAAAUUUCAAGAUUUUACGACACUAAUGAUUAAAACAGUUGAUAUUUCUAGAUCUCGAAUUGUGUCAGCUCCGCCAAAUGUGAAUACUAGAAAGAAGGCGUUUGAAAUAUCAUUUAAUCAUACAGGACCUGGAAUAUUUAAUCUAAUUACAUCAAAAUAUCAUAAAUGUACGAUAAAUUUGUAUUCCCUUCAAGUAAAAUACGGUGGAACAUCGCAAAUUAUUGAAAUGAUCUGUUAUAAUUUUGUCAUACAUUUCGACGAUAAACGUAUUACCUCUAUUCCGAAUUUUUCUGUUACGUAUCAAAAGACUUGUGAUAUAUCUUCUCAACAAAAACGCGUACAAGCAAAAUCAUUGUUAAAAACAGAAAAAUUAAAUUCAACUUUAUCCAUUGUUAUACCAGCUAUAGAUAUAACAUUCCCGUAUAAUUUCAAUUUUGCAAGUUGUUAUCAAGAUCUGCUUAAUUUGAGAAAAGCCCUAAAGAAAAUACGAUUUACUGAGCCGCCAAUAGUUCAGGAUGAAUACAUACCUUUUGAUUUGGAUAUUAAGAUUAAAGAUUUCACACUGUCUCUUGAGGAUGAACAAGAUCGAGAAGUUAGAAUGGAUUAUAAUUAUACGCUAAUGAGAGAUGAAUUUAUUGAAGGAUUAAAACGGCUUCAUCUACUACAGGAAAAAAUAAGUGAGGCAGAAGGACGAGUGACAGGUGAAAGAGUUGAUGAACUUUUUAAGCAGCUACACGAAAAGAAUAUUCGAUUAUUUAUUGACCGAGCCCGGCAAAUUCAUAAAAAAUGUCGAAUAGAGCAACUAAUACGACCACUUUUCAAGUGGCAAAUGACAAAUAUAUCCAUGGCUUUCAUGUGUAGUGAAGCUAUUGCAAGUCGAAUAUAUCUAAAGAAAGAGGUGGGCAAACUAGAGGAACUAAGUGGUAGUAAAUUACCCAAGAAUCAGGAUUUUGAUACAUUGAUUGGACGCGUAGUCGAUUUUAGUGUGUCAAAAUGGGUAUUUAAUUUUAGAGACAUAACAAUGAAUUGGUUAUCAUUGGAAGACUUUAGAGUGAGAGGUCUAGCUAUCCUUAGUGAAGAUGCCGCAUCAGAACAAUCUCAAAGGGAGCUUAUCCUGCCUUUAGAAAAACCUUGGAAGGAUAUUCAUAUUAAACGUAGUUUAAUACCAAUAAAAUUUAAUUAUAAUUUUGAAUCAAAAGUGAAAUUAUUUACAAUGGCUUAUGGACCCAAUUGGGAACCUAUCAUGCAAUUCUUUCAGCAAAGCAUGAAUCUGAUCAAUGCUCCAUCUGUCGAUCCAAGCCCACCCUUGCCGUUUUGGGAUAAAAUCCGUUUAUACUUUCAUGGUGCUUUUUCAUUAAAAGCUGCUGAAAUGAAAUGGCUCUAUCACGCCAGCUUUGACCCUUUAAAUGAUACAGAAAUUUUAGACUGGACAUGGUCUGAUGUAGAAUGGAUAUUAAAAGACACGUCUAAAUUUAAUGGAACCUUGGACAUUUAUGCCAGAACUGCAUCUAAAUAUGAAGAAUGUAGACUUUUUCGUUUUCCUCGAUUAGAAUUGACACUUAAACUAAACUGGAUAUGUUUGUCGGGGAACCCAAAUGAUCAUCAUUCUGUUAAAAGAGUUGCACCUGAGAAAAUUUCUGAUUUGAAGACUUAUGACGCUUUUAAAUACUUUCGAUCGUCGAACGUUGACGUUGAAUUGAACGCUGAAGUCAAGUCAUCGGAAAGUACACAAUCUCGACUAUGGUCUAAUACUUUAAGAUGGUUUGAAAAAUUUUUGGUUUGUCUUAAAAAAGUUGCUGUACCUAUACGUCGCGGUAAUUUAUUCGGAGGUCGACCCAAGAGAAAAUUACAGUUAACCCGACAUAUACGAAACAUAAAAGUGAAAGUUGCACUGGAAAAAUACCACCUUGUUCAUUUUUCAUCAUCAGCAAAGAAUUGUGGAUUUGAAGCAUCUACUAAAAGUGUCAGUAUUGAUUGUGAGGCAACUUUGAAACUUGUGCCGUAUAAAGAAAAUCUAAUUCGACGACCAGCUGCAGUAUGGAGUGUAAAUAAAAUGUCUAUUCAAGCUUCCGGCUUGGAAGUUCGUUUAUGUGGACGAGCCAAGAAUCACUUGUACAAACGAACAUAUUUACUUAUAGAUCGUCUAUGUUAUGAAAGGGGAAUAAAUUACGUUGAAACUGAAGACGCGGAAGAUCCUAAUAAUUAUAAUCAAAGGCUAACAGUAACAAAUGACGAAAAACCUAGAAAACCAAAGCACUACGUUCAAGUUUCUGGUGUAAAAAUGGUGUGGUCUGUCGAUAAUCGGCAGAUUUUCAUGUCUCUUAUAGAUGGUUAUAUGCGUGCCCAAAGUAUAAAAAAGAAUCUAUCGAGUGAUGCUCUAAAAUUGAGUAAGAGAGAAUAUAAAAGAUAUCAUAAUACAACUUUACUUCGCAAAUCUCCAUCUGAAUUAAAAGAAGGAAAAAUCUCUUUUGAGGAAUCUUAUGGAAGUACCAUGUUAAAAAAAUUAGUUUGCGAGAGAGAGAAACAUUUUGUUGCUGUCCACGAAGAGAUGAGCGAAAGAAAGACGGUUGUUAAGGACGAAUUAAAGGGCUUAAAAGCUUCAACAAUGGAUGAUGUUAGUGAAGUAUCUUGGCACAUAGACGUUGAGAAUUUUCAGGUUCUUCUUAAGGGAUUAGAGACUUGCGGCUAUGUGAUAACAACGGCAAAGGAAGUCGAAAUAGUUUCAUCUCAACACCAACCAGUCUGGAUUAAAAAUAAGCUUCAUUCAAAAACGUCAUUAAGAGCUACAAUGGAAUGCGUGCAAUACUUUGCUACUGUGGAAAAGAAUAGAAACAUUAAAGCCAAUGAAGCUUGCCACGUUGUUUGGUUAGAAUCAUCCCACAUAACUGCACCUUUUUCGAAUAUAGUGCCCACGUACGAAAAACUAUUAGUUUAUUCUCCCGGUACAAGAGCUGGUUGCGUUAUUCAGAGUGAUACAAACCAGACUUUCAACUUGCAAAGAAUAAUAGAAAGAUGCAAGUGUGAUUGUUAUUACAUAACAUACGAACCAAUGGAAGAUGUUUCCGAUGCAAAACCACCAGUUGAAACGUACGACGCGUUUAAAGAGGACAAAGAAGAAGGCGUAGAUACGCUUACUAUUCUACAUCAUGAUUUAGACAUUUCAGCCAGCUCUCAACAAUACGAAAUUGUUAUGGAUAUUUUAAAUAACUUGUUGCUGUAUAUGGAACCAAGACAGAAGACUUUAUUACAAAAACAAAAGAAUUUACGUUUCGCUAUGGAAUUAUCUACUGAGGAUCCCAAGGAGGAGGUACUUAAAAAACAGGAACUCAUCAGAAGACUCCUAAUGUCCUUGCGUGGUAUGGAACGGAAAUUCUAUUUAAUGCUUAAAGACGCUGAGAGAGGGAAUGAUCAUCGCGCAAAUGACGCUCUUAUAGGAAUGGAAUUAAACAUAGAAGAUACUAAAGAAAAAUUGUAUGAAGAAAACGAAGCUCUAAAGACAAUUAUUAGCUAUUACAAAGAAAUCAAAAUGAAGGAGAUAAAAGAAAGAGAACGCAAAGCAAUGGAAGAGAAAACGCGAUGUGAUACGAAUCAUCAGCAAGCAUAUGAAGUAAGUAUAGCUAGGCGUUACGAAGUUUGUUUUACUCAUGCCUUAUGGAGGAUGGCGGAGGAGGAUGGGCAAAUUGGUAUUGCAGACUUAACUCUACAUGAGUUUCUUUAUACGCGUAUACAUAGAGAAGAUGAUACGGGUGAACAUAAACUUGAAUUAGGCUAUGUGCAUAUAAAAGCUCCUCAGCCAGACGCCGUUUAUCAGGAUGUUCUAAAGGCUACUCGUCUCAGGGAAAACCAACGGGAGCCCCUUCUAAGAAUCUUUUGUCAAUAUCAGGGAGCCGUAGGCGGUAUACCCGUUAAAGAACAUUUUGAAGUUAAUAUUGUACCAUUGACAAUAAGCAUAUCGAAUAAAUUUGCAACAAAAGUUCAACAAUACUUUUUCCCUAAGAGGAAAAGAAUAACCAUUCCAUCAGACCUUGUACUCUUUGACCUUUUGGAAACGGAACAACUACCACAGAGUAUAUGUGUUGACGAAAGGUUAGCUCAUUUUGAAUCUGCAGAAGAUGUUAGUCAGGAGAGACCACCCGCGCCUGUCUCAGGGAAAAAGAAGAGUAAAUCAAGUAAGAAGGGGAAAGAUGACGUCAAAGUGAUGAUGGAAAGAGCUGAAAAGACGAAUAUGUUUGCUUAUAUUAAAAUUGGAGAACUACCACUUGUUCUUAGUUAUAAAGGAUCAAAAGAAAAAAAUUUGUCCGAUGUAAGCGAUGUUCAGCUGCUUAUGCCUUCUUUAGAAUAUCGCAACAAAACUUGGCUGUGGUUAGAAUUGUUAAAUGCAAUGAAAACCGAAUAUAAAAAAUAUUUAAUAUCUCAAGUUCUUCGUCAAAAGUUACGUUUAAGACCACGAUUCGUUGAGCCACCCAAGACGGGUGAACAGCAGGAAGAUAAAGCGCAAUUAUUAUUGGGGAAAAGAUUUUUUGUAAGUAAAAUAAAACCAGCUAACUGUGCCUUUUAA